AUGCAGGAGAUAGUGCAGGCACUCCGAGAUGUCAAUGCCACGAGAUACAUGACCGCCGUCGGCUUGACAGUCCUGCUGUACGAUCACGUCCUGACGUUCUGCGAUGAAGUCAGGCUCGUGUGGCGCGCACCGAGCUCUUUUCCAAAGUACGCUUUCUUGUUCAAUCGGUAUCUGGUGCCGGUGUGCUUGCUUUUGGUGUCAUAUGAAAUGUGUGGAUUUGUGGGAGAAGCAUUUACGGAUGAAGGCUGCAGACGCCUUCUCUUCGCCUGUUCCAUGCUUAGUCUCGCGUCCGUUGCGGUUGGCAACAUCCUGGUCUUGAUGAGAGUUGUCAUUCUGUGGGACCGCCGACGGGCUGUCAUGGAGCUGAUGGUUGCAGGAUUUAUAGUCUGCUUUUCAGCGCAAUCAGCGCUGAUGGUUAUCUCGCUAGUCAAGUUCUGGCCGGGAUUGCAGUGGAAUUCCGUCGCAGGGAUGUGCAUCACGACUACGAAGACGCCAUUCUUCAGCGGUGUGUGGGCAGCGCCGAUGUUCUUCGAGGUUCUCGUACUGGUUUCGACUGUCCUCAACGCUCUCGACAGGCCUUCGCAGGCUGCACUGCCCAUCACGAGAUCCCUCCACAGGGACGGCAUUACCUAUUUCUUGGCAGUGACAUGCUUCAGAGUUCUCAACUUGACACUCUCUAUCGUUGCGCAGCCUUCGGAGACGAUGGUCGUCGUUUUCUUCAUCUGGGGCAUGACGACGACGAUCCUGAAUCGGUCACUACUUCGCAUGCGCAAGAUGGAGUUGAGCUACCUAGAAGAGACAGAAGAGACAGAAGAGAUGCUCGGACGGAGCUCGCCCUUUGGCGCGAGUGACAGCGUCGUCAUUGUUGACCUGGAUGCACCCCCGCAUCGCUCCAGUCGCUGGCUCGAGCUCAACAAGAUGUCUAACGAGUUUUGA